AUGGACUCCGCCCGGGGCUGGCUCCAGAAGCUGCAGCGGGACAAGGACAAGGGCAAGCCGGGGAUGUCGGCGGAGGGUGGCGAGGGGGACGGGGAGGUCGUGUCCAGCGCCUCCAAGCAGAAGGCGGAGGCGGCCAAGCAGUGCAUCGAGAACCACUACAGGGAGCAGGCCAGAUCGAUGCAAGAGCGCAAGGAGAGGCGUUUGAUGCUGGAGAAGAAGCUUGCUGAUGCUGAUGUAUCCGUAGAGGAGCAAAAUAAUAUCCUGAAGGAUUUAGAAAAAAAAGAGACAGAAUACAUGCGCCUAAGGAGGCACAAAAUGGGCGUCGAUGAUUUUGAAUUGCUGACCAUUAUUGGGAGAGGUGCUUUUGGAGAGGUGAGACUCUGUAGAGAAAAGACUACAUCUAAUGUAUAUGCGAUGAAAAAGCUCAAGAAGUCUGAAAUGUUACGAAGAGGCCAGGUUGAGCACGUGAGAGCUGAAAGGAACCUCCUUGCAGAGGUUGACAGUGCUUAUAUAGUUAAGCUCUAUUGCUCAUUCCAAGAUGACGAGUUUCUGUACCUCGUUAUGGAGUAUCUUCCUGGUGGUGACAUGAUGACUCUACUUAUGCGCAAGGAUACACUGACAGAGGAGGAAUCUUCGUUUUAUGUUGCGGAGACAAUACUAGCCAUUGAAUCCAUUCACAAGCAUAAUUAUAUUCAUAGGGAUAUCAAGCCUGACAAUUUAUUGUUAGAUCGAACUGGCCAUCUGAAGCUUUCAGAUUUUGGCCUAUGCAAGCCUCUAGAUAGUAGCAGCUUUCCAAAUUUUACUGAAUUCGACAAUGCAGCGGGAAAUAACUCCAAUUCAUCAGCAGAUGGUGAUAAGCCAUUAAGUAGCCCUGCUGUUCCCAGGCGGACACAGCAGGAACAGUUAUUACAUUGGCAAAAGAAUCGCCGGAUGCUGGCUUAUUCAACUGUUGGUACACCUGAUUACAUUGCUCCGGAGGUCCUAUUGAAGAAAGGAUAUGGAAUGGAAUGUGACUGGUGGUCACUUGGGGCCAUUAUGUAUGAGAUGCUUGUCGGUUAUCCGCCAUUUUAUUCCGAAGAUCCAAUGUCAACAUGUAGGAAGAUAGUAAAUUGGAGAAGCCAUCUUAAAUUUCCCGAAGAGGCCAAACUUUCACCAGAAGCUAAAGAUCUAAUUAAUAAGCUAUUAUGUAAUGUGGAUCUGAGACUUGGGAUGAAAGGAGCACAUGAGAUAAAGGCUCAUCCAUGGUUUAGAAGCAUUGAAUGGGAAAAGCUAUAUCAGAUGGAAGCAGCUUUCAUACCUGAAGUUACUGAUGAGUUGGACACACAGAACUUUGAGGAUUUUGAGGAGACCGCGCCUCCCAUGCAAACUUCAUCAAAGGCAGGUCCUUGGAGAAAGAUGCUUUCCUCCAAGGACAUGAAUUUUGUCGGUUAUACUUACAAGAACUUUGAAAUAGUGAAUGAUCCUGAACUUCCAGGAAUAGCUGAAUUGAAGAAAAAGAAUAACAAGCCAAAACGACCAACCAUCAAAUCAUUAUUUGAGUGCCCUGAAAGCGAUGACCAGCCUGAAGGCAGUUUCCCAGGCCAAUUGUCGCCACAACUAGAGUUGUCCGAGAGCCCCUCACCUCAUUCUAGUAUCUCCUCUGAAGAUUCCCAAGCACAACAUAGAUAGCAGGCAUAUAUUUUCUUGUACCUGUCUUCUGUAAACAAAAGCAGAAAAAGUAACAACAGGAUUUUGGUCCUUCACAUAGAUGGAUGGCAGCCUGCUCAAGUGGCUAUUCUGAAAGGAAAAUCUUAAAGAGUAUCUAAAAAGUCCACAUAAUUUGCUUCCGAACAGCCAUUUGAGGUGCUCCAGUAGCCAUUUUGUAUGUUGGAGCAUGCAUCCUGUACAUUGUAACCUCUUUUUAGACAAAUCUACAAUCCCGAGCAGGCUGAUUGACAUACAGAGAGGCAGGGCUCUCCUGUAAAAUCAUGGAUCCUGCGCAAGGUUGAGA